AUGUCCUCACCGGCAAGAACAAUAGCUGAGCCGCCGGUGACUUUGUCCGAGUCAUCGGACAGCGAAGAUAGCGAUGAUAUCGUCGUGCGAAGUUCGGAGGGGACGGUGGACUUGCGCAAUUACAAGCGGUUCGCAAUAAGCGGUGAUAAUAUGAACUGCUUCUUCAUGACUGCAUUUGUGGUGGCAACAUUGAACGGAGAGCCCCUAGGAGGGGGAGAGGAGCUUGCUGCCCAGCUGCGGGCUGGUCGUCGCCCAAUCGACUUAGAGAAAGAGGGGUUGAAGGUGCGCGCAACGAUAGUUGCCUACCUGCGUGACCACAAGAAGAGGCCUAUCCCCCCGCAUUUGAUAACGUCCUCGAGGCCCCCGAGCAAACGGCGACCAUUGCCAACGUGGGAAAAAUUAUACCAAGCGCUACGGGACGAGGACGAUUUGACUGAAUUCGAAACUUACGUAGACAGAAUGUCGCAAAGCGGAUGCUGGGGAGGGGACUUCGAGAAAAGGGUCGUAUGGGCGAUGGGCCACAAGGAGACAGCCCCGGCCCCCCCUGGGGGCCAAACAUGGGUCUAUAGGGUGCUGAAAACAGCUCAAAGGCUGGUGGCGACAGGGGACAGGGGCGGGGGUGGGGGGGGGAGCCUUGCGGUGAUCUGGUUGGGGCUUGAAAGCCUUGCGGUGUAUACAGCUGUGUGUGGACCGUAA